GUAAGAAAUAAGUAAAAAUAUUCCACCUUACUUUCCUUAUCAAUAUUCGCAACACUGCGCUAGUCGCCGGAUUGGAACAUCCCAAAUACCCUGAAUCAAUCCUUCUGCGCCAGAAUCGACGACCCAUUUUAUCAGAAAUCCGUUGUAGGUGAGCCACCCUUUGGCGGAGGCAGAAGCCUGGGAAGUCCCUUUGCCGUCGCGGCAUCGCCAUGGCAAGCUGGGAUGGGUCCUAUUACGGGCCUGAAGACCCAAAUUUUCAUGGGUAUUCAAAUCAGGGGAAUGUGGCGCGCAACUGGAGCUAUUAUCCUGAGAACGGUUCCAACGUGCAGCCGAGUAUCUCGAACCUGCGUCAAGAGCCCUUAGCCAAUGCCUAUCAGGAUCCGCAGAUGGCUGGUGGUACUCAGUAUGCAAGGCCGCAACCUUUCUUUGAGAACAACAGAUCGCAGCCGAAUCUUCCACCGUUUAAAUGCAAGAGUGGGAACCCGAACGACAAACUUAGGAAAAAGAACUACCACGGUAAAUUACCGUUCUUUCCUCAGAAAACGAUUGAUCCCAGUGUUGUUGAGAAUUCAAACCUGCAUGCAACUGCUGGUGAGUUUAUACCCAGCUGUUUGAAGGUGCUGCAAACAGCUGGGACAAACUCCGCUACUAGCAGUAGUGAAAAUAAUGGCAGAAUUGUGCUGGGAAAUUAUGAUUCCUCGACUCAGCAGUCGGAAAAUUUAACUUUUUUUCACGAUUCAAACACACCGAAAGUGGACCAUGUGGAUAUUAGAAAUAAGCGUGAUAAGAAGGAUAGAAAAUAUGACGGAAAUAAAAAAAGCGAUAGUUAUAAGCAAAGGGACGCUCAGGAUGCUCAAUAUCAAAAUACAAGUUUAUUUAAGAAUUCUGUCCGGAAUCAGAAUCCGAAGAAUCGCAAAUUCCAAAACGAUAGGUAUUCUAACACCAGACAUUACUCGGAUAAUGGUUGUAAUUAUACAAGUGAUAAGGAUACCGAUAGAAGAAAAUGGACAGGUAAUUCCAGUGCUAGAGAAAAUUUUGAGAAUGGUUCGUAUCACGGUGAAGAAGAUGGAAUUCCAUCUGUGGAAGGGACUGUUGAUAAGCACUAUAAAACCUUUAGACAUGAUAAUACUCGACAGUCUGGUGGUGCGGCCAAGUAUUACGGCGAUCAAAAUUAUUCUAGUCACAAUUCUGACAUGGAGCACAGUCAAAUGGGUGGUAAGAGUGUUAGAAGAUAUUUUAACGAGGACCGUGGAGAACGGUAUCGUGAUAAAAGAGAUAGAUACAGUGAUAAGUAUGAAUCUGCAAUAAGGGAGAAGAAAACUAGCUAUGCAGAUUACAAUGGAUACAAAAAUAAUUACGAAAGAGAGGAAAGAGGAGAUCGGAUCAGAGACAAGGAUAAGUCCAAGGAUAAGGAUAAUUCAAAAGGUAUCAGGGAUAAAGAGAGGGAAAAUUGGCGAUACAAGAACGACGAAGAUGUCAAAGGAGGAAACAAUGUGAAGCGAUUGAGUAACAAAAGAUCGGAAAAAGAUGAUGACGCCAGUCAAAGAGAACGUCUCACUGAACAGUUAAACCGAGGACAAUUGGAAUGUUUAGUUUGUUGCGAUCGUGUCAGGCAGCAAGAUGCUGUGUGGUCAUGCUCGAAUUGCUAUCACGUGCUUCACCUUAAGUGCACUAAAAAAUGGGCAAAAUCUUCACAAGCUGAAAAUGGAUGGCGUUGCCCCGCUUGUCAAAAUGUGACUGCAGCUAUUCCAGAGGAUUACUUUUGCUUCUGUGGUAAUACCAACAAUCCAGAGUGGGAUCGGCGAGAUGUUGCUCACUCGUGUGGCGAUGUUUGUGGCCGUCUCAGAUCAAAAUCGAACUGUAUACACAAAUGUAAUUUACUGUGCCAUCCUGGGCCUUGUCCGCCUUGUGUUGCGAUGGUUACGAAAUAUUGCGGCUGCGGCAGAACUUCACAAACUUUAAAAUGUAGUACUGGUACACCAUUAGUGUGCUCUGAAACUUGUAAGAAAAUUUUGAACUGCACAACUCAUACCUGUGAGCGAAAAUGUCAUCUUGGAGAUUGCGGAGACUGUGAAAAACUCGUGCAUCAGGAAUGUUACUGUGGGAAAGAUAGUCGUGAUGUCCCUUGUGUGGCUGAUGUUGCAGCAACUUACUGCUGCGAAUCUAUUUGUAACAAAUUAUUAGAGUGCGGUAAUCAUAACUGUAAAGCUGUAUGUCACCCAGGGCCUUGCGAGCCAUGUGUACUUAGACCAGAAGCUGUAUCUCACUGCUGCUGUGGACAAACACCGUUAACUGAGCCACGAAAUAGCUGCUUGGACGAGAUUCCAGUUUGCGACAAAAAGUGCUGCAAGCGCCUCAAGUGUGGGCAACCCAGUAAUCCUCACAUGUGCAAAUCCAACUGUCAUCAGGGAGAAUGCCCUGAGUGCGAAUUGACAACAAAAGUGAAAUGUCGUUGCGGCAACAUGGACAAAGAGAUCCCAUGUAAGGAAUUGACGACCAAAGCAGAUGAUGCACGGUGCCAGAAACGAUGCACGAAGAAACGUUCUUGCGGAAGACAUAAAUGUAACCAGAUGUGUUGCAUCGACAUUGAACACAUCUGUCCUUUGCCUUGUACGCAUUCUCUGAGUUGCGGAAGACACAAGUGUGAGCAGACUUGUCACAAAGGUAGAUGUCAGCCCUGCUGGCGGAGCAGUUUUGAGGAACUUUAUUGUGAGUGUGGUGCCGCUGUAAUCUACCCUCCUGUACCAUGUGGGACGAGACGUCCAACGUGUGACAGGCCUUGCUCACGACAGCAUGUGUGCGAUCACUCUGUGCUGCAUAAUUGUCACAGUGAACCAACGUGUCCGCCAUGCACAGUACUCACGCAAAAAUGGUGUUACGGUAAACACGAACUGCGAAAAGCAGUUCCCUGUCAUGUUAAUGAAGUUUCAUGUGGGUUAGCAUGCAAUAAGCCUCUUUCAUGUAAGAGGCACAAAUGUAUAACCAUUUGUCAUCCUGGGCUGUGUGAGAAACCAGGGCAAGUCUGUGCUCAGCCAUGUACAACUGCAAGGGAAUUGUGCGGACAUAUUUGUUCAGCACCAUGUCAUGAAGGAAAAUGUCCUGAAAUGCCAUGUAAAGAGAUGGUCAAGGUGACGUGUCAGUGUGGACAUAGAACUAUGAGCCGAGCAUGUGCAGAGAAUUCUCGUGAAUUCCAAAGAAUAGCCAGUGGAAUUCUGGCUAGUAAAAUGGCUGAGAUGCAGCUGGGACAUUCUGUGGAUUUGGAAGACGUCCUAGGACAGGGUGCAAGAAAGCAAAACCAGUUAAAAACUUUGGAAUGUAACGAGGAGUGUAAGAUGAUUGAAAGAAAUCGAAGAUUGGCGUUAGGCCUGCAAAUAGUCAAUCCAGAUCUAAGUGGGAAAUUAAUGCCGAGAUACACUGAGUUUAUGAAGCAGUGGGGUAAAAAAGAUCCAGUCUUCUGCCAGAUGGUACACGACAAACUAACUGAACUAGUUCAACUGGCUAAGAUUUCUAAACAAAAAUCUAGGAGCUACUCAUUCGAAAGUAUGAACCGUGACAAACGUCAUUUUGUUCAUGAAUGUUGCGAACACUUCGGAUGCGAAAGUCAAGCGUACGAUCGAGAACCCAAACGCAAUAUUGUUGCUACUGCUGUGAAAGAUAAGUGCUGGUUACCAAGUUUAAGUUUACUUGAAAUGCUACAAAGAGAAAGUGGCCAAAGGAAAGUACCAGGACCAAUGUUAAAUUCCGCAACAGCUUCAAGCUCUUUCAGGAACGUAGAAGUGUUACCAUUGCCUACUAAAAAAAGUCAUAAGGUCCAGUCUGCACCAGUGACUUCAAAAUCACCUGAGCCUGAAAUUGAUUACUUUGACUAUCAGGGUUGAUCGGUUCGGUUCUAUAAAUUAGAUUAUAGGUACGUAUAAUAGUCGGUAGGCAGUUGAAUUCCAAUUAUAAAAUCACUUGAACUUAAAUGGAAUUUCUUCUAUUGUAGUUAAGAAUUUUGAAGUAUAGAUAACAAUCAAAUUGGUAAUACAAUUACAGUCAAGUAAUUGAAAUGAAUUAGUAACAAUGAUGUUAAUUAUUUCGACUGAUUCUUUUAGUUAGUCAUUUGACUGGACAUUAGUUAAGUCUGAUUCUCUGAAAGUUUCUGAAUAUAUAACAGAAUAUGCUUGGCUUGCUGAGUUUGCGUUGGAGGUAGGAUUCAUUGCACAUGUUAAAUUCUGACAUAUAAUAUUUAAUUUAACAAGGUUGGCUUUCAUGCUUUUUGAUCAGGUAUUAUUUUGUCAAAAUUUAAAAUUAUAAUAAACGACUAAUCUCAGAGACUAAUAUCACUCUUUAUUAGUAUUAAUGAAUGAGAAAUUAUGAUGAAUAAUGUUGGUUGUAUCAAUAAUUGCGUCCUGACGUAUAUCUUGCAUUACACUUUUUCAAAAUAUUUUUAUAAAAUGUUUACUAAAAGCUUGACGGCAUCGAAUGUAUGUGCUAUGAAAUUAUUCCAAGGAGACAGUGACUUAAAAAUCUCUCUGUAGUUCUGAAUUACUCAACGAGUAUCUGCGGUAUUAGGUGCAAUCGAGCAACCAAUUUCAGAAUCAUAAUGCUAUUUGAGUAUUGCGUUGGAUGUUUUGAAUGUCAUGAAAGUAGAGAACGCAUGAAAAAAAUGAAACUUGAACAGAUUUAUUUUCUUAUUUGCUCUAGAACGACUUGUGUAAAAUAAUCUCGAUUUCAUUUCUUAUUCAUAUCAUAAAUAAUGAAAAAUUAGGUUAAAACUUUUUCAUAAAUUCCAACACAGUCGAAUCGUUACUCUUGAAAUUGCUUUGAAUGCCGCAAUAGUACCAAUGUAAACUUGAAUUUAAGGUAUAAGAAAAUGUGUGUUACUUUUAUGAAAUGAAAAGUAACUAAAAUUACUGUGUUUAUGCCAAAUAACUUCUAAAAGACAUUAGCAAUUAUUAUGUGGUAUUAUCUCUUUCUUGGUCUUUAUUGGUUUUUUUUACAGUAGUCUUUGGAUAAUAAAAUUAGAAACUUUCACUCCAGAUUAGAAUGGCUAUCGCUCGGGCUGUUGGAAUAAAUUAUGCAACGGUAUUAUUUUGUAAAAUUUUAUUUCGUUUAUAUCAACUAUAUUGUACUUAUCUGAUUAAUUCUCAGAGAUAGAUUUGGCAAGAAAAUAGUAUGCCAACUAGCUUCUACCAUUUCUAAGGUAUACUACCAUUAUGUUUCGUUACAUCCUGACUUUACAAUUCACACGUUGUGACCAGAGUAUUGAAAACAAAUUGGCCGAAUGACAGCAAUAGAAGGAGUUUACCGUUUGGAGCAGUGACGUCAAAUACAUGUACUCUUCCUAUUUUGAAGCAAUUAAGUUUAAUGUCAAUAUUUAUGAUGUUAGUAUCACGAACAAUCAAUAAAACUUUGCUGUAACUUGGAAGCAUAUAUUACAUGUUACAAUGAAAAUAUACCUUGCCCUCGAAAUUUGGUGGUUGUGUGGGAUAUGUACUCGAUAUGAUAAUCUGGUGGAAUACUUUGAAAUCGUGCUAUCAUAAACUUGUCAUGAAAACUCAUUAUUGUAUCAGUGAAUAUUACUGAAUUUUCUACUAUUUACAUUAUAUAUGGAUUCAUUUAGAAAUUGUAAGUAAUAAUAUUAAGUAGGAAGGGUCUCUAGUCCUUGAUCCUGAUGUCAGUAAUCAACAACGCACACUUUACUAUUACUAAGAAGCUACUGAUGAUUAUAUUUUUGAUACUUUUAAUUGUUUUGUUUCACACCUGUUCCAUUGCAAUAAGCAGUAAAGUUGUCAAGCCAAUGUUUUGCUACAUUGUUGAUUGAUAUAUUAGAAAUUAUGUAAGAGCGAAAUAACUACGAGAUUUUACCUAACACGUGUAUUUAUUAUUGAACUUGAAUAAUUGAAGCAAUAGAAAAUAUUAUUAAUAAUUUUGAGAUCUUUAAUACUGAUAUUGUUUGUCCGUUGACAGUAAUACUUAUUUACAUGCUACCUCAGAUUGUGCAAAUCCCUCUGAGUGAUGUACUUUCAUCAAUAAUUUGAAGCUCACAUCGAUCAGUUUAUAUAAAUAAUUAUUCAUAUGAAUAGCUUGAAUGUAACAUUUUUCUGAUAGUCAUUUUCAUCUCCCUUUGUUUUCUUCUACAGUACUAAACUCAUUUAUCGUAAACAUUUAAAAUAGAUAACACGAAUAUUUGGCACAUUAAACAUUGAUAAUAUAUUUUUACCUAAUUUACUAUGUCUAUACUCUACAAAAAAGGUCCAAUUCUUUUACAAUCGUGUAAGAUUAUAAUUAUAAUAUUUUGGUUGAAAAAAUUGUCAUCUCCAAUAGCCACAGAAAAAUUCAUUGUUAUAGGAUACUAUUUGAUGGUAUGAAAAUAUCUGUAAGGAAUGAUUUAUUUCCUUUACAUGAAAACUUUUUGAACUUCUUCUAGAAUUUCUUCGUUUCAAAGGUGAAGACAAAAACUAGAUCUAAUUUUUCAUGAAAAAACUGAAGAUGACUGAAAUUUUAUAAUCUUACACAGGCAUAAUGAGACCUUUUAUAGUAGACAUUUAAACGCAUAUCACAUAUAGGAUCACAACACAGUUACAAGUUUCAUUUGUAGUUUUAACCACUUAAACACCAAGUUUUAGUAUUAAAUAUUUUUUUGAACAUUCAAGAAUAGGGCACUUUCAAAGGGACUGCCUAAGGUGUAAAGGAUAUUUUGUCACAUGAUAUUACUCCCUUACUCCCUACCAGUAACUAAACUAAGUUAAAGCUUUUGGGUUAUAUACAGUCUAUUACCAUUG